AUUCCUUUCCUGUCAGAUGUUUAUUCAUAUAUCUGCUUCACUAUCACAAACAUGGAAAAUAAUAUCGAAUGAAUUUUAAUUUCAAAAGCUACUGCUCCAAUAAAUAAGAUGUCUAAUCAACAUGAAAGAGCUUUGUCAAAGUCGUCAAAUGACGACAUCAACCUUUCCAUUGAAUCUGGAAGUCUUGAGCAAUUGAUUAAAAUUGCACUAAAAGAGUUUGAUGAAAAUGGUUGUGUGGUGUCUCCUCCAUCUGUAACAAUUGUUCUUCUUACCAUGCAUGGUUGGUAUGUGACACCAAAAGAAUUCCUUGCAAAGAUUAUCAAAAUAUAUGAGUCACAAUUUGGUUCAAGCGACGUGCUUUCAAAUGAUGACGAGUUGAGUGAUGACUCAGAUGUAUUUGGCUCUUCUCAGCUGUUAGAAAUUCCAGAAAAUUCUCCUAGGUUGACAAGCAUUGUUGAAACCAAUGAACUGAAUGAUGAUAACGAUCAGUCAAUCACUCCUGAAGUUCCUGUAAACGAUGCAGAAGAUACGAUGAAGGAUGAAUAUGUAACAAAGCCUGAGGGCUUGCUUCAAGAGGUCACAUCACAAAUCACUUCCACUGAUGCAACACAAGUUAAAACUUGUGUGGCUGAUCAUGUGAAAGUCGGAUACAGCGAUGCUGUUUCGGAAAUACCAAAAUUGAAAGUUACGUUCGAUGACAAAGAAUCGCCAGAGGAACAAGACUCUCCUAUUCUUGAUGAUCAUUCCGUUCACAAGUCGGAUGAUGAAUCUAGUAAAGUAAUAUCUUCCUCAGCUAAUGACUCGGAGGAUCCUCCUGUGAAUAUGUGGAUACUUUGUCAGUUUUUGCAUUAUUGGUUGUCAAAGUUUUCAAGCCAGCUUCGUGCUGAGGACAGCAUCCUUAGAGAUAUUGCGCAGCUUAAGAAACGUCUCAUUCGUCAGAAUCCUCGUUGCGAGAAAGGAAUAAAGAAAUUGAUUGGAAGGACAGCUCUGGGUGCAGCUGAUCAUAUUCACUCAACAAGAUUGAUAAGACAGAAAGAAGUAGCGAGAACAAAGUCUCUGGCAUUUAAUGAUCUCACACCUAAAGAUAUAGCAGAUCAGUUGACACAUAUCGACUGCAGAUCUCUGAAGAAAAUUCCUAUGUCUGAAUGGAAGACUUACGCUCGAAAACCGAAAUUAAGUACCGUUCCUUGCCUUCAGAAAUACGUCGGUGUUUUUAAUGGUUUAUCACGUUGGAUUGAAGCGAUGGUAUUAAAAGGGGAGAAUCCUGCGAUGCGAGCGCAUAUUAUAGAAAAAUUUCUGAAUGUUGCCCAGUGUUUACGAAGUCAUCAAAAUUUCAAUAGUCUGAUGGCAGUAGUCGGUGCUUUGAACCACAGUGCUUUGCGGAGGUUACACGACACCAUGGCAGUGCUCAGUGAGAACAAAAGGAAGUUUCUAGAGGAAAUGACAGAAUUCUUGUCCUCAGAAGGAAACUACUCCAAAUACAGACGCGAACUUAUGAAAUGCAGUGGAUUUUAUGUACCUAUACUAGGUGUACAUUUAAAAGAUCUCGUUGCCGUGGAUGCUGCCCUGCCUGAUUACGUCACUGAAGAGAAACUAAUCAAUUUUCAAAAGAUGGUGAAAUUCUACGCGGUCAUUGCCACAUUAAUGAACUUCAAAAAUAUGCUCCCCCCUGCUCCAUCUAAGUAUGAACUCAUCAAUAUGCUGCGGGUGUCUAUUCAAAUGACCAUCUCAGAAGAUGAGUUGUAUGAGCUAUCAUAUGCGAAAGAACCGAGGAAAUCUACUACACUACCUCGAGUCACCACGACAGCCAAUUCUGAACUGUUUGCUGAUUGGGCAUCAGGUCGCGUAGCAUCUCCCGAUUCGAAGACCAUCGACAAACACGUGGCCUCUAUGGUCGAGGCUGUUUUCAAAUUUUACGAUCGAGACAGCGAUGGGAGACUAACUACUGAAGAUUUUGAGGCGAUCUCCACUAACUUUCCUUUUAUUGACGCAUUUGGUGUUGUCGAUGCCAACAGUGACGGUGUUGUAACUAAGGAAGAAAUGAAAGCCUACUUUUUGAAGGCCAACUUUCGAGCUUUAGGAAGAGAUUUUGUUCAUAAUUUUCAAGAGACGACCUAUCUUACCCGCAGUUAUUGUGAACACUGUGGAGGUGUGUUAUGGGGUCUGAUAAGACAAGGACUCAAAUGUAAAGAUUGUGGCAUUACCGUGCACAAAUCUUGCAAAGAUCAAGUGGUAGUCGAUUGUCACACAAGAAGGUCAUCUGUUCUCUCCAAUUCUUCCGCAACUGCCGCAAAAGCAGAAGCAGUCAGAAAUCGUUUAAAAAAUAAGAGGAAAUCUCGUCUAAUUGUUGAAGAAACUGAAAACUUGCUACCAAGAAGAAGCAUUUCUGUAGAUGAUGUUGAUGCUGUCAACGAUGAACCAAAGAAAAAUGGCGAGACGAACCAAGGCAACUUGGAGCUGAUAGAAGAGAACAAAAGGUUGAAAAGGGAAAACGAAAAAUUAAACAAUGAUCUGAACGAAGAAGUAGAGAAAGUACGGAAUCUCGAGUCACAAUUGAAAUCUGUGAGACAAGAGACAAUGAUGUAUGUACUUGCGCAGUUAGAUGCUCUUCAACUCAGACGGAAUACAGCUGUUUAGCCAAUGUUCAUCGUUUUCACUUUGGAUGAAGAAAAUGUUUCAUGCGAUGUUAAAUUCACCUCCUUCUAAAUUCAUUUCUCAUUCGUAAUUGAAGAAAAACUUUUCGUUGUAAAUUACCUUACAAUAUUGACUUGAAUAAAAUCUAGAACGCACUUUA